AUGUCCGUGCGGCGCCGCGUGCUGUGUGUGCUGACCGUUGCGCUGUGCUGCUACUGUGGGUGUGUGGCUGCUACCUCGCAGAAGCCUGUCCAGCUGUCGAGUGGCGUCGGGCGCCACCACGCCUCGGCACCCGGGGGGCUGGCGCAUCCUGCCGGCAGCGGUGCGGCGGUGACUGCUGGGGGCUCAGGCCAGGACCAGCCAGCUCCAGCAGCGGCCGGUGCGGAGCCAAACGGGAAGGUGGCGCCGGCUGCGAAGGCGGCGGAGAGCGCCCGCGCAACGGCUGAUAGUGCCAGUGAAGCGGUGUCCAUUGCAACCAAAGCAAGGGAGGCGAUUGAGGAGGCAGUGAAAUUUGCUGAGGAGGUCAAGAAGAAUGCAACAGUGGCACUGGAGGCUGCUACCAAUGAAGCCAAAAAGGACCAGAAAACAAAUGGGGAAUGUCCUGCGUUGACGCUCAAUCCAUUGACUCUAACGACAGUGACUCCUACUAAUCCAGGGACUUCUCCUUCAAGUGCCGGUGUCGCACAAGUGCCAGCAUUGGAGGCCGCACAAGAGGGGGCUGCAGUAGAUCCCGGCUGUCUCCCAACGGAGAAAAUGAUGGGCUUCGUGAAUGAAACGGCGGCGAUGGUUGAGAAGAUUGAAAAGGCUAUGGAUAAGACACGGGAAGCCACGCUGGAACUAAACAAUACGGUGGAUGAGAUACAGAGGACAGUGAAGCAUGCUAACGAUGCAAAGGUAAAAUCCACCGCCGUGAUGGAGACGGUCAGUGCGGCGCAGGGGGCAGUGAAGAAUGCGGCGGCGAAGGCAGCAAGUGCAAGGAAGCAGUGCGAGGCGGCAGGAGCGAAGUGUGAGGCGGCCGCAGCGAAGGCGCAGAAAGCUGUUUCCUCGGCGAUAAAGAUGGCCGAGGAUGCAAAGAACAGCGCCACACUGGCAGCAGAAAAGGCUGGGAAGGCACUGGGCACUGCGACGGAGGUAGCGCAAGCCGUUGCCCAGGUGUUGAAGGACGGCGUGCAGGCGGCAACGAAUGCCGUAGCAGAAGCAGAUACCAAGAAACAGAAGCCAGUGCAGGACGCCGAGACAGCCCCGAGGAAUGAGGAGGACGUAGAAACGCCCAGAAGAGGUGCCGCACCGAUUGAGAUCAAAAAAGAAAUGACUCCCGAUGAGCGCAGGGAAGAAUUGAAGAAACUGCCGACCGACCUCACGAUCAAAUUGAAAUCUGAGGAUGUGCUUGCGAAACUCAAGCUAACAGCAGAUAUUGCCACGCUUGUGGCCGACAGCGCGAAGAAGGUUAAGGAGGCUGCUGCCAAUACUGCGGUGACAGUACGGCUUCUUACAGAAACAAGGGAACACGCGUUGAAGGCAGAACAGAACAUGAAUGCCGCGCAGCAUAACGCUGAGGCUGCGGUGACUGCUGAGGCUGAGGCUGCUGAGGCUGUCGUGUCUGCUACUGCUAAGGCUAGCUCUAAAGAAGCUGCAGUGUCUGCUGCUGCAGAGUCUGCUACUGCUGAGGCCAUUUCUGAAGACGCUGCAGAUGCCGUGCAGUUGUCGACGACAUCCACCGCAGGUGAGGCGGGGGCUGCAAAGCAGGGCGCUGAUGCUACUGGACUGAGCGGAGAUCUGUCUGGAGUGAACGGCGUGACUCCUGACGCGCUGAUUUCGACUGAGCCGGACGGCAGUGGGAGCCCUGCGUGGGUGCGUGGGCCGUUGCUGCUGCUGUGGUUAGGUGUCGUGGCUUCUCUGGCCGUGUGCUGA